AUGGCAGAAAUAAGAGAAUUCAAGCAAUGUGUGGAAGAAUGUACAUUACAGGAUAUGAAGUCUUCAAGGGCCUUCUUUACGUGGAACAACAAACAGGGAGGUAAUGACAGAGUAUAUAGUAGGAUUGACAAGGUGUUGGUCAAUAAUGAGUGGAUAUUGGCUUUACCAGAUUCAGAGGUAUACUAUAGGAAUGAAGGGACAUUUGAUCACUGUCCUGCAAUAAUUAGAUGGGCAGAAGAUCAAAAGAAGCAACAUAUGUUCAGAUACUUUAACAUGUGGAGCAUGGCACCAGAUUGCAAAGAGACAGUAAAGUAA